AGUAGUGGACAUGGCUCGUAAGGCGCGCCAGAGGAUAAGCUAUGUGCUACCUCUCACAAACUCGGCCGGAGGGCAUCGUCUUGGUGUCAAUGGUCUCGCCGUAGACAGCGACAACUCCAUCCUGUACGUACCCGACCCGUCGGACCAGAUCACAGCCAUCGACGCGAAGCCUCCCNCAUCACCCGCCUCGACCCUGCACAACCAAGUCCAGGCGCAUACCCACUGGAUCAGUGACCUCGUCCUCGCCCAGUCCAACCAAGCCCUGGUAUCGGCCUCGUCCGACAUCAGUGUCAAAGUAUGGCGACCCGCUGCUACCGACUCGAUGCCACCCCAGACCAUCGGCCUCCACAGUGACUAUGUCAAGGUGCUGGCUUCUCCUUCUUCGGACGCGUCGUGGGUUGCUAGUGGAGGCCUGGACCGUCGUGUUCGUCUCUGGGAUCUGAAUGGUGCAGGACAAACACUCAGCAUCGACGUCAGCGAGGACGAGAGCUUGACAGGCUUGAGCAAAGAGAAGGCAAGCGUUUACGCUCUGAAGGCCACACACUCCAUCCUUGCCAGUGGAGGUCCUGAUAGCAAUGUGCGCAUCUGGGAUCCGCGCUCUGGCAAGCGCAUCACAAAGUUCGUCGGCCACACAGAUAUUGUACGCGACAUCUUGAUCAGUCAAGAUGGCUCCACCGUCAUGUCUGCCUGUUCGGACCAGACAGUCAAAGUGUGGAGUGUUACUGCCGGUCGCUGUAUAAACACUCUGACCAUGCACGAUGCCAGCGUCUGGUCUCUAUGGUCCGAUCAUCCAGACCUCUCUGUCUUCUACUCAUCUGAUAAGAGCGGUAUGGUAGCAAAGACCGACACUAGAGGCUGCGGAGAAGAUUUGGAAGAAGGCCUCAGUGUUGCCAUCUGUCAGGAGGGAACUGCCGUACACAAGCUCGCUGUUGCCGGUGACUACAUCUGGACGGCCACUCCUCGUCCCACCAUCAACAGAUGGGCCGACGUCAACAUCGACGGUGCCGAGAUCGAUCUGCCUGACACCUACAAGCAGCAGCGCUUCAGCCUGGCCACUUCCCGCUCAAGAAUUCCUAGUCCACCUGUCAACUCGUCUUCUGAUCGACUCGCCUCACCGCCGCAACCCACCUCUCCCACUUCGCCUCCGCCGUCCGGCAAGCGCAUACCUCUGAAACACGUACUCAGAUUAAGCAAUGCCGUCUACUUCCCCAGACCAAUUGCACGAGAGGUCGCCCCAGACGCUGAGGAUGUCCAAGUAGAACACACGCACCCCCUGAGACACACACCGGACUNNUUUGCUAUUGAAGGACAAAAUGGUUUGGUCAAACACAUCAUGCUCAACGAUCGCAAACGUGUUCUGACUCAGGACACGGCUGGCGAAGUCUUGCUGUGGGAUCUGCUCAAGUGUGUGCCCAUCAAAUCCUUUGGCAAGAAGCAUCUCGAGGAUGUUCAGCCGGAGCUCACCACAGUCGAGACAGUGCCUAACUGGUGCUCAGUCGACACCCGAACUGGAACCUUGGCCAUCACUUUGGAAGAACACACAGCCUUCGAUGCCGAGAUGUACGCAGAUGAGCUCGAUAUUGAGCAGAAUAUUGACUUCAAGGAAGAUCAGCGCAUCAACCUUGGCAAGUGGAUCCUUCGUUAUCUGUUUGCAAACUUGAUCAGCGAAGAGAUGUCCAGAGAUUCGCAAUAUCGAAGGCAUCUGUUGGAACAAGCGCAAAAACAAAAGCUGGAGCGUGAAAAUGCUCCUACUAGUAUCCAGAUGCCUCCUGGUAUGGCGGAUGGUUGGAAGGUUGAUCCAUCGGCUCCUCUGUCAACCAACACUUUGAGACCGACAAAUACCAACACUAUUGGCUUUGCGACCCCUGGAUUGUCCAUAGCAGAUACAGCAUCGUCUUAUGUUGGAUCUCCAAACCUGACAAGAGAUGUGCUCACACCUCAGGAAGAUGAACGCACACAAGACAGGUCGUCGAUAGGCGGUGACUACUUUUCCAACAACUCGACGACAGCAAAUUCUACCAACGCAAACGGUGAUUCGAAACUUGUACCUCAAACUCCUACAGAAGCUGCUACCACGCCAGCUCCAGAAGACGCCUCAACGGCCGAUUCUAGCGACACGCCUUCGAAGUUUGGCAAACGCCUUCGCAUGAACAUGUCAUUCAACAUGAAGAAGCUAGGAAAAGCUCCCACUAACGAGAAGGACAACAAGCCUGCUAUUGUCGAAGAGACCAAGGAAGAGGCCGAGGCAGAUACACAGAGCUCGUCUGACAACAGUAAUUCUCGUGUUGUCGAUGAGAACUUCCUUGGUUGCAUCCAAAAGAUUCGUUUCGCCUAUGAGGACCACCUGCAGGCACAGAUACAACGAGCUGCUGCUGUAGAUGCUGCAGGCGGUGCGUUGGGUCAGUCAAAGGAGCUCGAACUGCCUACUUCGAUCGUACCAUCACUGCCGUCAGAAACGCCAGUGUUGAAGCCACCUCCAAACACAACCAUCCUAAUUCAGGAAGAGCGACCAGAAGCUGGUGGUGUGGCAGAUCUCUUCGAGGGCAAGGUUGGUAGUACAGGUGAGAUGGUCGAUCUGAUUGAGAAGGUUGCUCCGAUGUGGCUUGGUGAUGCCCUUUUGCGCAACCAGAUCCCUCUCAAGGAUCUAGUCAAGAUCAGUUUUGUGCUUGAACCAUGGCAGAAUGUACUACCAAGUAUCGCUGCAGAUGGCAACAACCGACUCAAUGCCAACCGCAUGCUGCGCGCUCGCAAGAUUCUAGGCUACGUUGCAGACCGCAUCGAGCCUGCUCAAGAUCCCGCCACAGCCAUGCCCCCCGAAGAAUAUCUCGAGCUCUACUGCAACAACCAACUCAUCCCACCGAAAAUGACACUGGCGACCAUCCGAACACACAUCUGGCGAGGCGGCGGCGACGUUUUAUUGCACUAUAAAUCGAACGGCAAGAAGAAUAUUUUGCACUCUGCAGAGAGCUUUGCAGCUGCUGAGGAGGAUGCUGGGACUCGCAGUACCCCUACAGCGCCUCAGGUG